GGGAGGGGGGAGGUGACUUGAUGUCAUCCUGAGCAGCUGGGCGGCGGGUGCCGGUGCGCAGCGAGCCGGGGCUCCCGCUGCGCUGCACCGUUCGGAGCUGAGUCCCGAGAUAUCUGCUGAGGGUCGCGUGCUGCCGGGCCAUAGCCCAGACCCCACCGAGCGCCCGACCCCUUUUGGGGCUGAGCUGGGGGCAUGCUCCAGCACCCCCAGAGCCUGGGAGCGAACCCAGGAGCGCCGCCGCCCAGCCCCAGCGCCCCGAGCGGCGGAACCACUGCUAAGGACCCUUGAACCGUCGUCCCCUCCACCGAGGCAACCUCUAGGGUCGGCGACCAAAGUCUGGGUUUCUGAGAAAAGAGCCAGCGUGGGAACCCUGACUGGACUCUUCUGGACCCCCAGGAAAAACUUGAGCCAUUGCUUUUCUACCUUGCCUGCCCCCCCAGGACUGGGCAGUUGCCAGAGGCCCUGGGGGGGGGGGGUCAGGACUGUGGUUGUGCGCCCCCCCCCACUGGACAGCAUGGGUCCCAGCUAGUGUGUGGGGGCCCAUUCUGCUUACUCCAGACCCACAAGGAGCCCCUUGGGCUCUGAAGGAUUGAGGAGCUGCCCCACUGGCCAUGGAGACGAAGCUGCCCCCUGCGAGUACCCCCACAAGCCCCUCCUCCCCAGGGCUGUCUCCAGUGCCACCACCAGACAAGGUGGAUGGCUUCUCCCGCCGGUCCCUCCGCAGGGCCCGGCCCCGUCGCUCGCACAGCUCCUCUCAGUUCCGCUAUCAGAGCAGCCAGCAAGAGCUCACUCCCCUGCCCCUGCUCAAAGAUGUGCCAGCUUCUGAGUUGCACGAGUUGCUGAGCCGGAAACUAGCCCAGUGUGGGGUGAUGUUUGACUUCUUGGACUGUGUGGCUGACCUCAAGGGGAAGGAGGUGAAGCGUGCAGCCCUCAAUGAGCUGGUGGAAUGUGUGGGCAGUACCCGGGGGGUCCUCAUCGAGCCUGUCUACCCAGACAUCAUUCGCAUGAUAUCAGUAAAUAUCUUCCGGACCCUGCCACCCAGUGAGAACCCUGAGUUUGACCCUGAAGAAGAUGAGCCCAACCUUGAGCCUUCGUGGCCACAUCUGCAGCUGGUAUAUGAGUUUUUCCUGCGUUUCUUGGAGAGUCCAGAUUUCCAGCCCUCUGUGGCCAAGAGAUACGUGGAUCAAAAGUUUGUCCUGAUGCUCCUGGAGCUGUUUGACAGUGAGGACCCCCGGGAACGUGAGUACCUCAAGACCAUCUUGCAUCGGGUGUACGGCAAGUUCCUGGGUCUCCGGGCCUACAUCCGCAAACAGUGCAACCACAUCUUCCUCCGGUUCAUCUAUGAGCUGGAGCACUUCAACGGUGUGGCUGAGCUGUUAGAGAUCUUAGGAAGCAUCAUCAAUGGGUUUGCCUUGCCCCUGAAGACUGAGCACAAGCAGUUCCUGGUUCGAGUCCUGAUCCCCUUGCACUCUGUCAAGUCACUAUCUGUCUUUCACGCUCAGCUGGCAUACUGUGUGGUGCAGUUCCUGGAGAAGGAUGCAACCUUGACAGAGCAUGUUAUCCGGGGGCUCCUCAAAUACUGGCCUAAAACCUGCACCCAGAAGGAGGUGAUGUUCCUGGGGGAGAUGGAAGAGAUCCUUGAUGUCAUCGAGCCCUCCCAGUUUGUGAAGAUCCAGGAGCCCCUCUUCAAGCAGGUGGCUCGCUGUGUCUCCAGCCCCCAUUUCCAGGUUGCAGAGCGGGCUCUGUACUUCUGGAACAACGAGUACAUCCUGAGCCUCAUUGAGGACAACUGCCACACUGUGCUGCCUGCGGUGUUUGGGACCCUCUACCAAGUGUCCAAGGAGCACUGGAAUCAGCGCAAGCAGAACGGGACUUCAGGAAUCUCUUCACACCUCUCCUGCUCUGUCAGAACCAUCGUGUCCCUGAUCUACAACGUGCUCAAGACAUUCAUGGAGAUGAAUGGGAAGCUGUUUGAUGAACUUACAGCCUCCUACAAGCUGGAAAAGCAGCAGGAGCAGCAGAAGGCCCAGGAGCGGCAGGAGCUAUGGCGAGGCUUGGAGGAACUGCGGCUACGCCGGCUACAGGGGACCCAAGGGGCCAAGGAAGCCCCUGUCCCCCAGCCUACACCCCAGGUGGCUGCCAGUGGGGGUCAGAGCUAGAUACAUCUAGAACAGGAGAAGCUAAACCCAGAGCUAUCAGCCCCUCCAUCCCUCUGCCCAGGGGCCCAAUGAGGCCCACGCCUCCCCGUGGCCUUGCCAGAGUGGCUCUAGGACUCCCUACCAGCCCCAUGGGAAUAGCUUUCAUGGAGGGGGAGACAAGAGAGCAAGAUGGUAGUCUUGGCGGCAGAACUCUCAGGCCUUUGUGGCAAGAUUCUGGCAAGACUAGACCAGGGCAAGUAUGCAACUGGGAAGCUGCCAUCAGGGGUCCUCCCCUGCCCUACACAGCCAGGCUCCAGGCAGCAGCUGGGCGGCUAACCCUGCUCCUGGCCUGGGGCGUGGACACUAAGCCUGGCCAGGGCCCUCCUCACCCCACCAUGGGGGCACAGUCUAUUUAUUCUGCCCAGCUCACCCUCAACAAGACACUGUCCAGGGACAUCCUCCUCUCCUCUCCCUUGCCCUGAACUUCCUUUAUCCCCUUUUUAUUUAUUGGGCAGGGGGAGGGGUGAGGGCACAGGCAAGAAGAGAUUCACAUUGUCCUGGGGUGAGGGGGGUCACAAUAAUCAUGGUCUGCCCCCUCAUCUGGCUAGGGGGCAGACUUAAUAAAGAGCGAAACUCAA